AUGGGCUGCGGAAUUUCGAAAAAACCAAAAGAUUUCUCGGAAGACUCAUCAGAUGACCUAAUGUCAUAUGAAAUAUCAACAGCAGAACUUAUUGUAAACGAUCUUGAGAUGAGACUAAAAAGAAAUAAUGGAAUAGUCACUUACUCUUUUAAAUCCUGGCAAGGUGAAUCUUAUCAUAUAAACGUCGUACAAAUUAAAACACCUGAAUCUUCAGUUGCUUUUGCUUAA